AGCAAGAACUGAACGAAACAGCCAAUCCACAUGGCAAACCAGCACACCGUUUUCUCCUACGGUUUGGCACGGAAUUAGGCGCUCCGAUUUAUUCUUAGUCGCCGGAUUAAUCUUUCCCUCUCUCUCUCGAGCUUGGUCACCUCCAUCCACAAAAUCUCUGAUCUUUUUUUUCGCACGAUAUUAUGGUUCCUAAUUUGGGCGUUCGAGGUGGCGAAAUUAUUUGCUAGCUUCUUUAUUUUUUUUUCUAUUUCGUGGAUUGUUGAGUGGCAAUCCCAAUUGGAUUGGAGGAACAGCCUAGCUGGGCUUAAUCCCAAUUUAGGAGUUGCUUGUUGAUCUGAAAGGGGAGCUGUUCUUGUUUUUUGAGAAUCUUGGAUCGGCGACGGCGAGGCGAGUUCGUCCGUUCCUUGGUUGGCUUGCUGCAGGGUUAGGUUCUUAGUGAGAGAUGAUGAAACUAAAAGGUACAAGGUUACAGCCCUUUGGAUAUAACAAUCUAAAUUUUGCUGCCGAAGGGAGGUCUGCUGUGAAGAAGGAUGAUGCUAGGUCGCAUCCACCAGUUGGUAUGAGAAAACGCAGAUGGGUUCUUGGUGAUAUAACUGAGGUUUUGGAUCGCAAUUCGUGGAGGCUUGGAAAGAUCGCAAAAGUGCUGAAGAACGAUUAUUUUGUCAUCAGGGUAACGGGUUGCAUCCAAAUGAGAGAAUUCCACAUAUCUUGCUUGAGGUUUCCACAUGCCUAUCAUGGCAAAGUCAGAGAUCAGGGUGAAAAACAGACCCAGCAUGUUGAUCAUACACGUCAUCACUCAAGAAUGGUGACUGAACAGGAUCAUCACUCCAAUGAAGGUAAUGAUCACAUUACCAAGAGGCACAAGACGAUCAAUCUCUGUCAUUCCUCUAGUGCGAGAAACGUGACGAAAAAACAAGAACUAAAAAGGAUUUCACCUGAGUAUUCAAUUACAGGAGUAAGCAAGAAAAGGAGAUCAGUUGCACAUGAAGUUUGUCAGCAAACCAAGAAACCACAGCCUCUGAAAUUGUCUGCUAAGAAUGACAUCUACAGAAAUCACUUGCGUAGACCUUUUAGCGAUAGAUACAAUGAUCUUACCAAGAACAACAUAACCAAGAGGAAACCAGACAGCAUAGUUCUUCCUUCAUCCCAAGCGCCUCUUCAAGUUACAGAAGAGAACGAGUGUUCGGUGGCUAGUUGUAGUGUGAAUUUCUCAGAACACUCUAUAAACACUGACACGCAACCUGUCGGAUUUGCGGAUUGCUUCCCUGAUGAUGCCAUGUCUGCAUGUCCAUCCAUGCCUAGGCAAGAGAGUGACAGUGUCUAUAGUUGUGAUUUCAGAACAGAUUUCCAUCGGCUGGAGCUGCAAGCAUAUCAAUCAACAGUGAGGGCACUCUAUGCCUCAGGGCCCCUGACAUGGGAGCAAGAGUCACUUCUGACGAAUCUACGCCUCUCGCUUAACAUCACAAAUGAGGAGCACUUGCUUCAGUUGAGACACCUAUUAUCUUCUUGAACCUUUGAAUCUUCUCCAGCAUUGGAUAAGUUGAUAGCUGAAGGCUAUACAUCUACUGGUGUCACAAGAACAGUGUGUUUUUCCUAGCUGUGUAUCUCUGCCUCUUCAUUUCGUAGAUGAGUAAUUUUAUAAUCCUUAAGUAGGUACUGAGAGGUACCAAAAUUUUACACUGAAAUUUUGAUACUAUUAAGAACAGUAAAAUUGCUUUGCUCUUUGUAGAUAUCUCUGGAGCUUGCUGCCUCUUUUUUCCUACCUUGAUGGUGUUGUAAAUACUAAGCGUUUGCCAAAAAAUUACUGGUAGGUAUUGUAUUUUCACCAAACAUUUGUUGUUAGAAGUAAAUGAGAAUUUGGUGGCUUUUACCUUGGAGCAUGAAAAGCUACUGCGAAAUUAUUCUACUUGAC